UCAGUUCACUGAGCCUGUGUGAUAGCUGCAGACACUGUGUUUGUUUCAGUGUUUCGAACCUGUCUGUGAUCUCACGGUCCUGAUUCACGUCAAACGAGUCUGAUUACACUUUAUUUCAAGUUUUGCAGCACAUUAGCAUGGAGAGCAAGAGGAGGGGUAUUUUGGAGCGACUGAAUGCCGGGGAGGUGGUUGUGGGAGAUGGAGGUUAUGUGAUCCAACUAGAGCGACGAGGUUAUGUGAAGGCUGGACACUGGACACCCGAAGCAGCUGUCGAACACCCUGAAGCAGUGCGGCAGCUGCACAGGGAGUUCCUGAGAGCAGGAUCCAAUGUGCUUCAGACAUUCACCUUCUACUGCAGUGAGGAUAAGCUGGAGAUGAGUGGCAAUGUCACCGACAUCACGGGGGCCCAGAUUAAUGAUGCAGCCUGUGACCUGGCCAGGGAGGUCGCCAAUGAGGGCGAUGCAAUGAUUGCUGGCGGUGUGUCUCAGACCCCCUGCUAUGCGGAGACUCACAAUGAGACGGAGGUCAAAGCAAUCUUUAAGAAACAGAUGGAUGACUUCCUCAAGAAGGACAUUGACUUCUUUAUAGGAGAGUUCUUUGACCACGUGGAAGAGGCAGUGUGGGCAGUGGAGGUGCUGAAGACCAGCGGCAAACCAGUGGGUGCAACUCUGUGCAUCUCACCACAGGGAGACAUGCAGGGAGUCCCGCCUGGAGAGUGUGCUGUCAGGCUGGUCAAAGCUGGAGCUGACAUUGUUGGAGUGAACUGCCACCUGGACCCUCUGACGUGUGUGCGCACAGUGAAGUUGAUGAAAGAGGGGUUAGAGAAAGCUGGUCUCAAAGCCCACCUCAUGGUCCAGCCGCUGGGCUUUCACACGCCUGAGUGCAACCACACUGGAUAUGUCAGCCUUCCUGAGUUCCCCUUCGCCCUGGAGACCAGAGCGAUGACCCGCUGGGACAUCCAUAAAUACGCCAGAGAGGCUUACAAUGUUGGAAUUCGUUACAUUGGUGGCUGCUGUGGAUUUGAGCCCUACCAUAUCCGAGCUAUAGCAGAGGAGCUGGCUGCAGAGAGAGGAUUCCUCCCACCAGCUUCAGAGAAGCACGGACUCUGGGGAGCUGCUCUGGAGAUGCACACCAAACCCUGGGUCAGAGCCAAGGCUCGUCGUGAGUACUGGGAGAACCUUUUGCCUGCUUCUGGACGUCCCAAAUGUCCUUCCAUGUCCACACCAAGCAAUUGAGUAAGAGGGAGGAUCACCAGUAACUGGAACAGAGCAUAUCAACACAGUCGUCUGUUUCUGUUGUACAAUAUACUGAAUAGUACAAUGCAACAGAGCUGCAUUACUUAUAUGAAUAGGACAGCCCAUAAUAUUUUUUGUCUUAACUGUAUAUUAUCACUAAGAAUGAAAACAAAUUUUACAUAAAAAUAAAGCUGGUAUUUUUAACCAUCACAUAUUUUAGUACUGUUUUAACAGUCAGGAUAAAAAUCAGGUUUAGUGAAAAGAAUGAUUAUGGCAAUUUAAAGGUAAUGACUAAUAAUGAUGUAUAAAUGUAUGCAUUUUCCCACAGCAUACUGUUGGCCUAAUAAAUGUUCGGUUACCA